CGUUCCUGCGAUUGGCGCAUAGACGCUCCCGCCUCUUCGGGCAGGACCAUUGAGCGGGGCGCGGCAGCCUCGGUGCUCUCUGUGGUUGGUCGGUUUGAAGGACCCCGCGCACGUGGGUCGUCGGGCCCGGCUGGGACUGGCGCGGAGGCCGGUUCGCGUUCCCGCGAGGUUGAGGCCGCCCUGGGGGGAGUCUGCGCCGGUGGCCAGUUGAGUCAAGCUUCGCGAGCCCCCGGGGACAGCCCAGGAGGCCGGGCCCCACUGCAUGCGUGCGCCAGCUCAGGGCUGCCCCUAAAAUCGCUCCGGGUUGUGGCUGUGCCCGGGGGUGGCAGGACCCAAACUUUCGUCUCCAGGGGUCCUUUCGGCGACCGGGAUGGUGGCCCUGUUCGUGUCACGAUCGCAGACAGCCAGCAAAAUCACUUGAUUCCGUUCCUAGGAGUCCCUCCUUUGGGUCCCGCUGGCGCCUGGACCCACAGAACCGGAAUGCCGGGGGCGGCCAGAGUUAGUCAGUGGGAAUCGGGGCCGGCAUCCCCAGCCCACGGAGCCCAGAGCUACAGGGACAGGAAGCCACCGGCGGUGCUGCCACUCCUGGACCCAUGGAUUCUUCCCACUGGGGAUACAGUGCCAUAUCGAGGGCUCUGGUUUAAAGCGUCUGCCCCCAGCUUGCACAGUCAAGGGUCCACUCUGGCACCGCUGCCAUAAAGCAGUGCCCUGCGUCAAAGAGUGUUAGCAGGGACCCCAUGCAGUGAGAAACUCUGAGAGAGGGUCAGGCUGAGGCCCUGCGGGCAGGAAAGGCAAACCCACACCUGGAAUACAAGUGUAUUCCUGUUAGGACAACCCCUGGAACCCCAGCGUGGAAGGGGCUCCAUAGGGCCACUUGCCAAGAGGCCUGUAAGGAUGCAAUUUUAAAUGAUACAGUAAUUGUGCGCAGUUCUAGAUCACCAGAGGGAGAGAGCUGUUUCAGUGAAAGGCAAAAAAGUCUCUUCUCACAUGGAAAAGUUUUAAGGCCUUGAAACGUUUGGGUAAAUCAAUCCAAAUAUAUUGUAAAUGGUUAUUCAAAAGGAAUGUGCUGUACUUCCGGUUCAAAUUUCUGUGAAGCUAAAACUGCUCAAAAAGAUAGUCUGUUAAAAAUUUUUUUAAAAAGAAAGAGAAUGUGAUGUGGGUUAUGAAUUCAUGGUCCGUGUGGGAAUUGGAGUCUCAUGAAAUCAUUGUUUGUUCCUUAGCUUCAGACUCCACUUAAGCCUGUUUGUCCAGAUGAGGAAGUAAAGUGAGGUUUUUAUUCCUAGCCCACGGUUUUGAUUAACAGUCAAAUGCUGCUACAGUUAUCAGGCUCAUUGGAAGCUGAUAAGCUCUGACUAACUGACACUGAUCCGAAGCGUGUUGUUGGCAUCUCUUGUUACUGUAGCGUAAAUGUGCCUGGGUGAGCGUUCCCUCGCAGAGGGUGGGGUGGGGGGAUGCUCUCACCAACUGGUGAUGGUUACCUAAAUGGCGGGGGGGUCGCAAACUCAGGAAGAAACACAGGAAACCCCUAAGCAGCUGUGCCUCGGUUUCCCUGUGUGGGAAGUGAAAACACCCACAAACUUGCCCCCGCGUCAGAUCUGGCCGGGGUAGAGCUGGGUAGGAUGACAGCGCUGCAAGCGGCAGCUGGAGAAAAGGUGGCGUAUCAAGCAGCGCUGCUGCGGGUUAACGUGCAGGGGUGUCCGGCGAACAUGCUGCGGGUUCCGUGUUUCCUUCACUCCUGUGCCUUCAGUGCAGUAGGGUCUGUGUGAGGGCCGUGUGCCCCCUGUCUGCUCUCUGAGACUGAGUGCCAGUAACUAUGCUCCUCCACGAACGUGCUGUAGUGACUUUAUUGACACAAGCUCACCUUUCAACCUGUGUGAACGUGUGAGUCUAAGCAACCGCAACUUACACAAAUCUUCAGGGAGCCCUGGAAGUUCAACCUCCUCCUGUGUCAGACCAUAGCCCUCUGUGUGGUGAGUGAUGCUUGCAGUCUUGGCUCACAGACACGAGGCGGUGGCCUCCUGAGACCAGGGGUAGGCAGGCGACACUAGCAGACCACAGGAUCGGAUUUCCCAGGAGCAGUCAGAGACUCAGAUCUAUGCCUGAAUCUCUCAACCUUUACAUGUUGCAGUACCUCUAAAACUUUGUGGGGGGCCCACGUGUUUGCCCACGCUGCUUUGGCCAGUGGUUUUCAAACUGUGUUCCGAGGAACCCCAGAAUCAUAUCCAUGGCUAUUCUAGAUAUUCUGAAAUGUUGGAUCUGACUCUUAACUUAUUUUUAACAAUUAAACAGCUGUCCAGAUAUGUAGAUACUCACCUUCAAGGAGGGAAACACAACCCCCCACUCCUUAUGUAUGGGCUGUGCAUAGCUACUUCCUCCUGAAGAAGACAGUGUGGAAAGGGAGAGAGAAAUAGUAGCUGUGCAGUGGUGAAACCUGAUAGACACACGUCCACGAGGUAACUAAGGUCAUCGUCCACAGUGUAGGUCAUGUUGACAGCACACACCCUGGAUGGGACGUGAUGAGAAGGGCCUUUUGCCUCUGUGGUCUUCCUCCCAAAAACCCAUAACGCCAGUCCAAUUGUGAGAAAUCAUCAAACAAAUCCCAAUAGUAGAGGGACACCCUACAAAAUGCCCGAUACAGUAGGUAUUGAUACAAUAUAAAACAAAAUACAACACUACUCAAAGCUGCCCUUCCUGGGAAGCAUUGAAAUGAAGCAUCAUUUAGAAAAGUCUUCCCUUGAUGGGCUCACCCCCUCCCCUCCCAUCACACCCCCUCCCCAUGCCAGCCCUGUGGACAUGCCCUCUGCUGGGCAGGUGGGUCACCCACCGAUGGUCCGCCUCCCAGGUGCCCCUGCCCCUCUCUGGGCAUGGGUCCCGGCUGGGCAGUCCCCCUGCUGGAAUCACAUCCACCCUGAGGGCUGGUGCCUCGGGGUGGCCCCGUGUCCUCUGAGAUGCCAGCUGGGUGCCUGUGGGGUGAGCCCACCUUGAGCUCCCACCCAGAAGCCCCCAGGCACCUUGUUGGCCAGCUCCCUGGUGCCACGCAGAGUUUCCUGAAGUCUGCAGGGAGGUGGUGGUCGCACCCUGUCUUCCAGUGUUCUGGCCUUUACUCCCGUCUGGCUGGGAGGAUCCCUAGGAAAGGCCAGGGGCUUGCUGGCCUCCUGGAGGCCAUAACAGACUGAGGGCAGGGGUGGCAGGCCCCCGUGGUGCGGGGGGGUGGAUGCCGUGCCCCUCCCCACCCCAUCCUCUGGGCUCUGUCCUCCCCGCCCGGGCUGCACUGUACCCCUCGGGCCCCAGCUGCUGCCCACUUUUUCCUUCCCAAGGAGCCCCGCCUGGCUACACCUGGGGAUCAGCAGUGUUUACUGGUAACCCCUGCAUGGGGACAGGCGGGGCCUGGGAAGGACUCUCAGUGGAAACCUGGCAACCGGGCCUCGCCAUGUCUGCGGCUCCUAGCAACCACCAUGGCGAUGCCCGACACUGUGUGUCCAGGGCGUGUGCCCCACACACACACGCUCUUCUCUGGCCGCAGAGGCCAGAAGGCAAACCGAGCCCGCGUGGGAUUCUUUCAGUGGCCCCAGGGCUGGGCUGCUGCUCUCCGGCUGAGCGGUUCUUCCAGAGGGAACUGAGACGGGGAGGGGCGGGCCCGUGGCGUCCCCUCCUGCGGCCCCGGGAUGCUGGACUCCUCGGUGGCAGAUCGGUUGACCCUGCUGACCCUGAAACUCCUGGAGAAGAAGCUGAAGCAAGAGCGCGAGGAUGUGGAAGUGGAUUCUGAGGACCCCCAGCUCACGCCCGGAAAUGAGGACGGGCCAGAGGCCGCCCUGCGGAGCGCUCUGAGGAUGAGGAAGGACCUUCUGCAGAGACUCUGGGAACAGCACCUCCUGGAAGAGGCCUCCCGGGCCCGCGCCUGGAGGGGGCUGGACGGAGGAGCCCGUGGGUCAGUGCUGCCCCCAGAGGUGCCCCCUGUGGGUGUCCACCCCGCUGUCUCCCCGGCCCCACCCACCCCGGACCCACCGCAGAUCACCCAACACCCAGCACCCCCACCUCCCACCACCAUCAUCCAGCAGCUGCCUCAGCAGCCACUCAUCGCACAGAUCCCCCCUCCCCAGGCCUUCCCCACUCAGCAGUCAGGAAGCGUCAAGGAAGACAUGGUGGAGAUGAUGCUGAUGCAGAGCGCACAGAUGCACCAGAUCCUCAUGCAGAACCUGAUGCUCAGAGCCCUGCCCCCAUCAGCACUCGCGCCCGCCCCCCUGCGCCUCCCCCCACAGGUAGGCGCCACACACCCAAACCAAGACCAGAGGACCUGGUGGCUCUUC